AUGUCUGCUCCGAAAAUUAGACCCAGAGGGAUUCAUCAAAACCCAAGGCCUGGCACCACCGACUUCGAAUUUGGCCAGAAACAGGCUGCCCAGCAGCUCAUAUACUAUCACACUCUUUGCGCAGCGUUGCAGAAGAAAUUUUCUGUCAGUGUAUCGAAGGGAUUCGCCGGCCCUGAUGCAAACGGGCGCUUGGUCGGUGACCCUGGCAUCACUCUCGGUGUACUUGCCCAUCGACCCCUUUCCGAUAUUAACUUUUCGGAGUAUACAGAUUUUGCGUUAGAGUCGAUCCGAGAAUUCAAGUUGGAAAUGCGCCCUGGCGGACUAGCGCCACAGGAAGAUCUUGAAAUCUGGCAUGAUAUGUUCAAGAACAAUUUCGAGACAAGAGAAGGCAACGUGUUGAGCUGUACUCAUGGUAGUUGCGCUAGCGAGUUCUGGCCUAUCAUUUAUAACUAUCACGCUUGCGGAGACACAGGAGACCCAGGUUGGAACAAGCUUUUCAAUAGACUCAAGUCAGAGGGAUAUCCGAAGAGUAUCAUUCCUUGCAGAUAUUUUGGUGCGCACGCAGGCUGCUGGGAUGGCAAAUGUCCCUUCCUCCAUGAUAAGAAAUCUGCUGUUGCAAAUCGCGAAGCCAUACUGAAGGCAAGACGCAAGACGUUCGACUACAAACACAAGCCUACUCCACAACAGUCUUCUGCUCGUAUCCGGCUCUUGCUCAACCGUCGGGCAGGCCCCAGCGCCUCCUUCGAGGAACGUGAGGCUCUCAUGACCCAGAUCCACAAGGAGGUCAAAGGCGAUCGCGCAUAUUGUGCAAAUCCAGAGUGCAUGAAUCCCUGGACAAAGGAUCAGAUCACGUCCCCGCUGAAGAACUGUAGCCGCUGCAAAUUCGUACUAUAUUGUUCGUCCCAGUGUCAGAAGAAGGACUGGCCUCGUCACAAAGCAGGGCCAUGUGCUCCGAUAGAAGUUCUUGUCGAGAACGAUGAUCUUUGGAGUCCUAUCGGAACACGCAAGGGCACGGAAUUCUUCAAGACGAACUGGGGAGGGGUUUGA